AUGCUGAAUUCAGAUCAUCACUAUCUGACCAACUUCCCAGGCUUUGACGUCACUCAACUGGGAUUUACAGAUGAGCUGAACCAAGCUCGAAACAGUGUGGACGAGAGCUUCGAGGAUCCGUUCAGAAGCGACCCCGAAAAGCUCUUCGAAAUUGAACACAUCGACCUCCUUGCGCGGGACCCUGUGUACAUUCACGUCGCAGACAACGAUCUGGUCAGACGUGCCGCUGAAGGUUUUGCAUGA